ACCAACCAUUCUAUUACUAAAGGAAUGGAGAGAAUGGAUAUUGGGACAGACAACUAAGUAUCUGUCAAAUGUUUUUUUAAAGAUUCAGUGUGCUAGUUUUUGAGGUUUGAUGGGGGCAGGUAGGAAGGAAUAGGAACUUAAGGCACCAUUUUAUCAUUGUGUAGCAUUUUGUUUAGAGCUGAAAACUUGCUUCCUCACAAUUAGCUAUUUAGACUGGGUGCUAAAAAGCCACCCUCUACACACCACAAAAAUGGGCUCAACAGGCUUGUAAAGAGAAAAAGUCAUCUUCCAUAUUGAAGGGAAUGUUUGAAUGUCUCAAUGGCCAAAUAUAUCCAAACCAUGUAUCUAAGCCAAUAAGAUUUACUGUUGCAGGUAAGCUUUAACUGUGAAAAGCAUCAUAUCCGCGUAUGACUGCCAUCACUUUUGUACUGUAUGUUGUUUCCAGGGAAAUGCAAACCACAGGAUGCAGUCUCUGACCCCAUCCUUAGAGAAUGUUACCAUAGAGGACAUUUCUCCCACGUGGUAAACAAAAGAAAACAAGGAACGUGAGUGCAGAAGUUGCUUUAGCCAUGAGGGAGCCGAUAGAGCAGGGGCGUAAUGGAAACGACUCAGAGAGGGAGCUGAAUGAAUCAGAUAAGGGAAGCCUCGUGACCUUUCAGCCUUCUCCCUGACUUGUUAAUGAAACACAAAAAUAAACCUCCAUGCUUGUACUUUGCAUAUGUUGGUUGUCAGAUUGCUUUUCUAAAUUGACUGUAUUUAACCUUGAUGGUGAAUGUUCCUUGAUGAUUAAUAGAUUCUGGAAUUUUGUCCAAACUAGAAUGUGAUUUCUCCCUGAAAUAGACUUGAAUAGCAGUCAGGCUGCUUGGUUCUUUGCCUCUGAUCUAGCCAUCCCAAGAUCUGGGCUCUUUCUUCCUCUGGCUCAAGGAUGAGGAAGUAGGGCUUGUUGAUCCAGCAGAGCUACUUGUUGGGAUUCUGUUCCUCUCAGCUGGUACCCUCACCAAGCCGGCCUCUGGGUAAGAAACUACUUGUUUCUACGGUUCUUCAGUGUGACUUCCUCAGGGAAAUAAGGCCCGCAGAAGUAGCCAGCCAGCUGUAGGAGAACGCAGAGCAGGCACCUACAGCCCCUCAACUCCUUCCAGAAACAGCAAAGGCUACUGCAGAUAAACCAGGGUAUGUGGGGCCCACAUGGUACAAAGCUCAGGAAGGCUGGGUUUUAAAUUGACAACAGCCUUUAAAACUCUUUGGGGAAAAAAAAAUAAAUAAAUAAAUAAGAAAACUCUUUGGGGGUAGUCGCAUUCAGAGUAAGGGAGGGUUGAAAGGCAGGGAGGGUAUUUUCCUUUUAGAAGCAGAAGGAGAUUCCUAACAGCCUUCCUUCUUUGCUUUGUGCCUGGUUCAGUACUUUCUUAGCAAGUUCUGGGGGAGCUCAGGUCCUGAGAAGGGCUGGGGCCUGUCAGGGCACUAAACAAGCUGUGAAAGCACCCUGGAGGAAAAGGGAGGCUCCUCUGCAUUUCCCUUUCCUGCAGGCCUGCCCUGGUUUUUCAUGAUGUCAUCCAUUCAUCAUUGUGAUCUGAUUGGUGGUCCCAGGCCUUGGCCAGCUGCCCAAGGCCAGAAGGGAAGAGAGAGAUCCCAGGACAAAUGCGCAACAGGCCCCUGAGCAUGUGCGGAAAUGCUGUCAUCAGUUCCACAUAGAAAGACUUGGAACAAAUCGAAGAAGGCAGCCAAAGUCACAAGAUCCUAUCCAACCUUCCCUUCCCUGAAUGCCUGGGAAGAAUUCAGGGGCCUCUUUCCUGUGGAUAGGGAACCAAAUCCUGGAGUGGGCCUGGGUGUGGAGGAGGCACUGCUCUGCCAGAUGGUUCAUUCUCCAGAAUUCAACCUGUUUCCUGAAUCAGUGGUGUUUGAAAGCAACUUUGUCCAGGUCAAAAAGAGCAGGAACUGGAUAGACAUCUACAAAGCCUCCAACACCAUGGCCCUUGGGGUGACCUCCUCUGUGCCCUGCCUGCCUCUUCUCAACAUCCUCUUCAUGGCCAACGUCAAAUGGCACCAUGGGCAGAGCCAGACAUGGAACCAACCAACUACAGCCCCCAAGAUCAUCCUGAAGAGGAUUCUCCCUUUGAAGUUUGUGGAGCUCCAGGUCUGUGACCGCUUUCAACGUGUCCUGCGGUCGAGGACAGUCACGGAGAAGAUCUACUACCUAAGGCUCCACCCUGACCAUCCUCAGACUGUCUUCCACUUCUGGAUCCGACUGGUUCAAAUUCUGCAGAAGGGCCUGUCCAUCACCACCAAAGACCCUAGGAUUCUCGUCACUCACUGCCUGGUACCCAAGAACAGCUGCAGUCCCUCAGGAGACUCACAGUUAGUGCAGAAGAAACUCCAAGCCUCCCAGCCCAGCGAGAGCCUCACGCAGCUGAUGGCCAAGGGGGAGAGUGAGGCCCUCUCUCAGAUCUUUGCCGACUUGCACCAGCACAACCAGUUCAGUUCCAGGAGCAGCAGAAAGACAGAGAAAAAAAAGGACAGUCCAGAAAAAAACCGUCCCAGCGAAGGCUCCAUCCCUUGCACCCGUGACCUCAGUUGGAGGGAGUCGUUCACCUAUGGAGAGUGGGAAAGAGAGAACCCCACUGGGCUGCAGCCCCUCUCACUCCUCAGCACUCUGGCAGCCUCCGCCGGCCCCAGCUGGUACCACUCAUAGGUACGGUGAUGGGGUUAAUCCAGCUGCCAUCCUGGGA